CAAAACUGAUAGUUCCCAUCUGCUACGUUUGUACAAAAUGGGUAACACUGACUCAAAAUUAAAUUUUCGUAAAGCUGUUGUUGAACUGACAACUAAAACACAGCCAGUUGAGGCAAACGAUCAGGGUUUUUGGGAGCAAUUUUGGACUGAUGCUGGAAUCCAAUGCGUUCAAGAUGUCUUUGCGCUUAUUCCCGCAGCAGAAAUAAGGGCGUUAAGGGAAGAAAGUCCUUCGAAUUUAGCGACACUAUGCUAUAAAGCUGUCGAGAAAUUAGUCUCAGCUUCGGAAAAUGGCUGCAGAACUAAUAAAGAACAACAAACUGUUAUGAAUUGUGUAAGGCUUCUGACGCGAAUCCUUCCAUACAUAUUCGAGGAUCCAGAUUGGAGGGGAUUUUUUUGGAAUACCUUACCAGGCCAAGAGCAAAGCGACGAAGAGAACGAAUCACUACCGUUAGCCCAGUCACUCUUAAAUGCCCUGUGUGAUUUGCUCUUCUGUCCUGAUUUUACUGUUUCAUCUUCAUCGAAAAGAGGUCAACCAGAUUCACCAGAAGAUGUGCGAACAAUCGAUUCUUGUGAAUACAUUUGGGAGGCGGGAGUUGGUUUUGCUCACUCGCCCCCUCAAAAUUCGACACACGAUCAAAAUCGGACGGAAAUUUUAAAGCUUAUUUUAACAACAUUUUCAGAAACGAUGUACGUUCCAGCUGCUUCUGAUAAUCAAGCGCAAUACAAUCAAUGGAUUUCGUAUUUGACUUCUACGGAAAAUCGACACGCCUUACCAUUGUUUACAUCGAUUUUAAACGUAAUUUGUGGUUAUGAUCCAGUGGGAUACGGCGUUCCCUAUAAUCACUUAAUGUUUAACGAUUCGCGUGAACCCCUAGUAGAAACUGCCUUACAAUUACUAUGUGUUACCUUGGAUAAUACCGUAUCCUCCUGUUCACAAGAAGGACAAAACUCUGAAACAAAUGGACCUGAUAAUUUAUUUAUCAAUUAUUUGUCGAGAGUUCAUCGAGAAGAAGAUUUCGCUUUUAUCCUUAAAGGAAUAACUAAACUCUUAAACAAUCCCCUGAUACAGACAUACUUGCCCGGAAGUUGUAAAAAAGUACAAUUUCAUCAAGAACUAUUCGUCUUAUUCUGGAGAACUUGCGAUAUAAAUAAGAAAUUUAUGUUUUAUGUUUUAAAAUCAUCUGAUGUCUUGGAUAUUCUCGUACCAAUACUUUAUCAUUUAAACGAAUCCAGAGCUGAUCAAUCUAAGGUUGGACUAAUGCAUAUUGCUGUUUUCAUUCUACUGCUAUUAAGUGGAGAAAGAAACUUUGGAGUUCGAUUGAAUAAACCAUACUCAAUUCGUGUUCCAAUGGAUAUACCAGUUUUUACUGGUACUCAUGCGGAUUUCUUAAUAAUAGUCUUCCAUAAAAUUAUUACUACGGGACACCAACGUCUUCAACCACUUUUCGACUGUCUGUUGACAAUCAUAGUGAAUGUUUCACCAUAUUUGAAAACUUUAUCUAUGGUGGCAGCUAAUAAACUCUUACAUUUAUUGGAAGCCUUUUCAACCCCUUGGUUCCUCUACGCUUCUCCUACAAAUCAUCAUUUGGUAUUUUUCCUAUUAGAGAUAUUCAACAAUGUUAUUCAAUAUCAAUUUGAUGGAAAUUCUAAUCUAGUCUACACAAUAAUUAGAAAACGCAAUGUUUUUCAUCAAUUGGCUAACUUACCAUCGGAUCAUUUGAAUAUAUCCAAGGCUUUGGCCAAAAGAAAUAAGAGAAAUAUUCCAGGAAAUGUCUCGAAUGAUAUUCAAAAAUCUAUGGAAGGUUCAAGACCAGCAACGGACGCUCAACCGGGGACUUUAAAGGCUACUUUGGCUGCUACUCCAGGAAUUGAAAAUAUGACUGAAAAAGCUCCAGCCUCAGACGCCCAUAAAGAAGAAGAGGAACAGAAUGCAGAAAGAGAUCCCGAACAAGAAGAAGAAGAUACUUCCAGCGAUAUUGAGCCUAACAGAGAAAGCCCUAUACCGACCAUGCCAACAAUGCCGACUAGUAACUCUCCGAUCCCAAUGCCUACUCCAAAUUUUCCAGAUAAUGUUGAAACAGUUCAGAGUUGGCUACCAUCUCCAGAAUGGGUACAGAGUUGGAAACAAAAGCUACCCUUACAGACAAUUAUGCGUCUGUUGCAAGUCUUAGUACCACAAGUUGAGAAAAUCUGCAUUGAUAAGGGCUUGACUGAUGAAAGUGAAAUUCUACGAUUUCUUCAACAUGGCACUCUAGUUGGACUCUUACCAGUGCCACAUCCAAUUCUAAUUAGAAAGUACCAAGCCAAUAGCGGUACCACAAUGUGGUUCAGAACAUACAUGUGGGGAGUCAUCUAUUUAAGAAAUGUCGAUCCUCCAAUCUGGUAUGACACAGAUGUUAAACUAUUUGAAAUUCAAAGAGUUUAAAUAAAACAAAAAAAAUCUGCUAUUAGUAUUCUAAAUGUAUUGUUUAAUUGUUGUAAUUGUCCUUUUUCGUCAAUCGUUCCGAUAAACAAGCAAAAAUUAUUAAAUGGGCCUAAAACAAUAAUCCUAUUUGUUUAUUUAAUAUUUAAUUCAAUAACUAAUAAAUUAUCAUAUUCAAAG